AUGUCCGUGCCAGUAACACCUACGCCUCCAAGAACACAACUGGCCACGGCCACGCCGCAAAAGUCUGCUAGAAAGAGACUUGUCAACGCCUCGUUUGCCAAUUACAAUGAAGACGAGGAUCCUACGUUUAUUGAUGAGGCAACUGAGGUGAGCGACUCAGAGGACCUGAUCUCUGUCAUUAGCACAGACGUGCUGUUGAGUGACGCUACUCAAGACUCCGUAUUGACCAAAGGCGGCGAUGGGGAUAUCAAGACCGGCGCAGUGGCCCAGGAACCAGAAACAUGGAAGGAAUGGGCCUUGAGACACGAGAUCCCCAGAAAAGUAUUGCAUUCUUCGAUUGGACCAUUUUCGCUAUAUCUUUAUACGUUGGGAUGCACGAUGAACCAGAUCUUGUACCCGAUGAUUGCGUUAACCACUGUUCUUUUCCUCAAUGACUUUAUUCGUCUUCGUAACCCUAAAGUCAAUGAGAUGGUGACUAAAUGGUUUGGUAUUAUUCUGAGACAAAGUGAAAUCAACGGAUGGAACGGCACGCUAUUCUACGCGUUGGGCGUGCUGCUUGUUUUCACAUCAGCACCUAAAGAUAUUGCCGUCAUGAGCGUGUUGCUCUUGAGUUGGGCUGACACCGCUGCGCUGACCAUCGGGCGUCUCUGGGGUAAGUAUACGCCAAAAGUGAUGCCCGGCAAGUCUUUGGCGGGAUGCCUUGCCAGCUUUGCCACAGGCGUGUUCCUGUGCUAUUUAUUCUACGGCUACUUUUGCGUGGAGUACGACUAUGUGAACUUGCCAGGGCAGAUUUUCUGGACCAAGGAAACCAGCAUGAUGAACUUGCACGUCUAUGCGCUUGCCACAGGCGUAGCAGCCUCCGUAUCCGAAGCAUCUGACAUUGGCGGCAUCGACGACAAUCUCAUCAUCCCAGUGAUGAGUGCCAUUCUCUUGUACGCGUUGGUGUGGGCUACCAAGGUGUAA